GUAGCGAUGGAUGCGAAUGGGAAUGGGAAGCGUAAUCUUCCCCGAGUAGUUCUACAUCAACGAAUAAUGAGUACCGAUGUGAGUAAAUGCUUUGUCAACUAAAAAGACAAGAAAACCUGGCGAGAAAUACGUAACGAUAACCGUCGUGGAUCAAGUCGUUUCUAACCUUUCUGAUAGAAGCAUAUACUGUUUAAUGCCUGGAUUGCCACAAUCUGUUUACCAAAUCACAUGAUACGUGAAUAACGUCUAUUAUCCAUUUUCUAAAUAAUAAUUGUUGAAAUUAAUAUACAUAAAAUGGAAACACCUAAAACCACAGAUUUGGACUUUGUUUAUGAUGAUGCGGAUACGCAUGCCAAUGAAAUUGCUGAAUUAUACAGCUACAAUGAACAGUGUGAAUUACAUGUUAAUCUUACAGCAUUCGAAGAACAAAUGGAAUCUUAUAAAUUGCGACCCUGGUGGCAAAAUAUGACAGAAGCUCAACAGAGAUCUGUGAUUUCCAAAUUGUUAGACCAAUUAGAAGUUUCUAAUAAACAGUUGAGAAUGAAAGCAGCUAGGUGUAUCUUGUAUUUAGCUCAAGGUUGUUGGGCUGGAGUACAGUCUGACAAAGAACAACAAGAAUGGACUAGAAUCAAUGUAAUGUUACUGUAUGAAGCUGGAGUAUUCCCAGCAUUUGUUGAACUUCUUAAUAUGGAAAUUGCGAAUAGUAGCAGAGCUGCCCCUGCAAUGAGAAAAAUAUCAGUUAGUCUUGAUGAUUCUGUUGAUUUAAGGGUAAUUCUGUCCGUUUUAUAUAUCAUAACCGAGGUAAUGAGAGAAGAAAUGAAAGAUUUAGAGAACAGUAUUUACAAAGAUAACAUUGAAUCUUUUAAAGAAGAUCUAAUACAUCCGUAUGGAGAGGAAUUGCUUAUAGUUAAGCUUCUCGGUAUGGUAACGUACCAUUGCAGUGGAUCGGCUCCACAUUUUCCUAUGAAAAAGGUUCUUCUACUCCUGUGGAAGUUAAUCUUAGUGUCCUUGGGUGGUAUUGAUACACUAAGAGAAUUGAAAAAACAAUACCGCGAGGAAGCCGGUCUUGAUACUCAGCAAGAAGAUACUUUAGAAGUGGCCAAGACCAUGAGAGCUAGCUCUCCUCCAGUUAGUGCUGCAGAUUUAAUAGAAACACAAAAUCAGAAAAAAAGUAAUCGAUCUUAUCGACGAUGUCUAAUGAAACAGAGUUCAUUGGAUGAACCAGGUCUAGGAAUGGAAUACGAAGGUGGAGAACUAGGAAAUAAUACUGGAAACAAUGAAAGCGAAGGAGAAAUGAAUGUACUUAUGAAUCAGACUGGUUGGAAUCAAAAUUACUGUGAGGAACAAAAUAAUCAGCUACAAAUAAGGCCUAGUACUCCACAGCUCACCAAAGGAAAAAGUUUACCGUGGACGCCAAAAGUUAGACAAAAGGAUGUGGACACUUUUCUUGAAGUAACAAGAUUAAAGUUUGUUGGGUACAAUUUAGAAGGGGAUAGAGAAAGUUUGGCAGGAUUGCCUCAACCAAUCCACGAAGGUGUUAACACACUUAAAAAACAUAUGUACACAUCUUUAGCUGAAGUUCAAAUACAGAAAGAAGAGCAAAUGCUUAGAAACCCUAUAACUACUCCAAGGUUUCCGAUUCGUCAGACACCGACAGAAAUCGUUUAUCAUGCUAUAUUGCCGUUUGUCCCACAGUAUAUGAUUGCAUUAUUAAAAAUUUUGUUAGCAACUGCACCAGCCAGUAAAGCUAAAACAGACACUACCAAUAUCAUGGCUGAUGUUCUGCCAGGACAAAUGCCCAUGACAGUAUUACAAUCAAUGAAACUCAGUAUCGAUGUAAAUAGGCAUAAGGAAAUAAUCGCUAAAGCUGUUUCUGCAAUUCUACUUCUUUUGUUGAAACACUUCAAGCUGAAUCAUAUAUAUCAAUUUGAAUUCAUGUCACAACAUUUAGUAUUCGCUAAUUGCAUACCGCUCGUUUUAAAAUUUUUAAAUCAGAAUAUUCUAGCUUACAUUGAAGCUAAAAAUGUUAUUCCUAUACUAGAUUUCCCCAUGUGUGUUAUCGGUGAUCAGCCCGAGCUGACUAUAGAAAAUCUUGAAAUCGGGAAUAACCAAACGUAUUCGUGGAGAAAUGUAUUUUCCUGCAUUAAUUUAUUACGCAUACUUAACAAAUUGACAAAGUGGAAACAUAGUAGGAUUAUGAUGCUAGUCGUUUUUAAGUCGGCACCUAUAUUAAAACGUACACUAAAAGUUCGGCAUGCAAUGAUGCAAUUAUAUGUUUUAAAAUUGCUAAAAAUGCAAACGAGAUACUUAGGACGCCAGUGGCGGAAGACUAAUAUGAAAACAAUCAGUGCAAUUUAUGCGAAAGUUAGACAUCGAUUGAACGAUGAUUGGGCUUAUGGCAAUGAUUUAGAAGCACGACCAUGGGACUUUCAAGUAGACGAGAGUGUACUACGUUCUUGCGUUGAUCGUUUUAAUAAUUUAAGAUAUACUAAUAUUCCUAAGGACAAAGAUAUGGAACCUGUUGAUACGUCAGUCACGUCGGUACUCGGUAUGAACGUGGAAUUAAGUGAUGAGUUUAAACAACAUUACGAAUUAUGGUUGCAGCAAGAAGUAUUUCAAAGAAGUAUUAAUUGGGACGAAUUGUUGGAUUCAUCGUCGUGUGAAAUUUAA